UGACCAGUUAGAAAUCAAGUUUCCGGGAUUUUAAAUAAGUUUUGUGAAAUGAAGAGGGCAAGCGUUCCCAUCUGCUCAGAAUCCUAGAGUUGUUCUUACAGUUCAGAAACUUUUCUACAUGACAUUUUUUUGAAGGGAGCAAAUUUUUUUCUGUUUACUUCUCCCCAACUAGCAUAAAUUUGUACUUUGGGGUUGAGUAUGGAAAUUUUUCUCAGGGAAUAGGAGUCAGUUAGUUUACAUAAUCUGGACUGAAUAUAUGUACAGUUAUUUAACAUAAAUUCAGUAUUUCCUAACUUCUAAUCCACAGAGUGAGUGCAGACAACUCUAGAGUUGUGUUUGGGAUCCCAGCACUCUCAGAGCGGAAGGGAAACCACUGCAGCACGCUAUGGAUACUGAAGAAAACUCGGCUGAGCUGUUACCCAGAAAUCCCUACUGUUCCAAUGAGAGAUCACACUGCAGCUGUAGAUUGCCUCAUGUGACCUUCCAGCCACAAUGGCCUUUGCAGGUUGCCGCAAAACCAUGGUCACUCUGGAAAACAUUUCUGGUGUGUCUGCUGGCCUGUCUGAUUGCUGUGGCCCUCGUUGUUCUGGUCGUGUAUUUUGUUCACCUUGGCAAGCCCAUCUUCAUCAUUCAUGCAGACGGGAAGGCCUAUCAUGUGGCCUGCACCUCUGGCUCUAGCCCAUCUCCUGCCGCAGUUCCUACCCCAUGUCCUACCCCAUCUCCUGCCCCAUGUCCUACCCCAUCUCCUGCUGCAUUUCCUACUUCAUCUCCUGCCCCAUCUACACUUCACGGAUCUCAGAGCACCCUACCUUCUACCUCUGUGACCAACCAAAGCUCUUCCACCACGGUGCGUCCAUCUGCCAUGGGGACCGCACCAGAACACGAAGUCCUCAUUGAAGAAGAAGAAGGAGGACAUCCUUGAGCCCUCCGCCCUCCUCAAGCCAGGUCAACACUCUUAUGCUGAAGGAGGCUCGUCUAAGCUAAUCUGUCCUCCCUGACAAGAGAUUCCAAAGCAUUUGACUUCAUGAGAUCUUGCCCCUCUUGCUCAGUCACUGGCUGGAUUCCCAUAUGGUGACGACUCAGUCUCGGGACUGGCAAUGUUCAAAUGAUCAGAAAAGAAAAAUUUCAGCUCUGCCUGGUUAACUCAUCUAGACAGGGUCCAGAGUUUUCUCUUGACCCCUUUCAUACAACUGGCCUCGGUUAUCACCCAUGAAGUUUUAGCUGCAGCAGAGGCUGUCAUGUGGAUCCUGCUCUACUUAAGCUAGUAUGUGUCGUUUGUUAUUGAUUAUUUCCCAGUCUAUCUUCAGCAUUUUUAUCCCAACUGAGAAAAAGAAAAAUGUUCAAGCAAAGUGAUUAUUGCUCACUGAUUAUUAAAUACCUAUGGAUCAUUAUGUAAGUGUUCUUCUUAUUGGGGGAUGGAGAAAAGAAGGGGAGAUCACUGAGGACAGGAAUAAUCAAGGGAGAUUUUAGAGAAGGGCUGACGGUUGAAGAAGGGUGAAAAUUUGGAUUUAGGUAGAGGUCAUUAAAACAGAAAAUGAUAGGGCUAAGGGGGUUUAAUAGAUUUAAAAGGAAAAGUACACUUAGAAACACUUUAAAUGUCCAAGUGAUGUAUUUUUAUAUCUGCACCUUUUUCACUGACAUUAUCAAUAUUAUUUUCCAUAUUUGAUAUGCUGCUUAAUCUCUAAACCACUAUAAACUACAUUUAUAAAAUAUGAACAUUUAAAUUGUGUCAUACUUUGUACCGUAAAUUUGAGAGCACAUGCUUAUCAUUUGUUGUGAAAUACAGACUCUUGUCCAUUAUUACUUAUAGUCUAAGUGUUUGGUACUUAGUAAAAGCGUGAACAUUUCAAUCUGGAAAAGACUUCAGAAUAAAGUCAUCCGCCCAUUCCCCUCUCCCCAUCCUCCAAACUCCACAAGGGUAGUAAGUGUGAAUGAAUUUUUUUCCAGUAUGGUAGUGAAUCAAUUCAUUUCUCUUAUAAUUUUGUCUUCAUUACUUGUGGAAAAGAAAGAUUCAAUUUAUUAGGUUAAAAUGUGCUUCCUUAGAUAAUUUAAACCUUGUUAUGUGAUUUAAAAGAAGAGCUUUCAAUAAAAGAUUAAUUUACUGCUAAUUUUUUUUAAGUUUUGUAUUCUAGCUGCUGUUUUCUUCCUUUACUCUUAGGAAAUACAGAAGGCAGUGUGAUAAUACAGGAAGGAUAAUUUCUUUGUGUUUAAGGAGAACCUUCUCUUAGCAAUGAAAUUCCUACAUUGAGUAUUUGGUUGGAGGACAUUGUAACUGAGGUCGUUAAAGUUCUGUGCUUUGUAGAGCAGAGAUGUGCAUUAGCUCACAGAUUCUUUCAUUGCUCUGGACUUCCACGGUUCAAUAAAAUAGUAAAAAAUAGUAAACAGAUUUGUGGGAAAUAUUUUCACAAGUUAAAGUAUCUAACAAAAAUUGUACAAAGCACUAUGAAAAUAUUAAGUGAUGUGUGCCUGUCCA